UUGGUUUCGACGACGUCGGUAUGAAAUGGCAGAAACUGCGUGUGUCACGGAAGCACAAAUAUUAGGUUACGAAGGAGCUACACAUGUAUUUUGCGGCGACCCCGGUCUGCUAGUGUGAGAGAAACGGGAGUGUAUCCGCAGGAGGAGAAAAAAGGGAUUAAAGUGCUGUUUUUUCUCCAGAAAAAAAAAUUCCCCAAACGUCCAGGUUGUGUUGUGUUGUCCGAGCAGCGAGCGGCGACUGCGGGGUCGACACUGCUGGAAUUAACCGGAGAGGGGUAUCGAAAGGAAAGCUCCACGUGGAUGCCCAGUCACAGUGUUUGUGUCAGGCUUCACCAUGAACCGGAACAAGCGGGAAAAAGAGUACUACAGUAUAGAUGUGGGCGAUUCGACUUUUAUGGUUUUAAAGCGCUACCAGAACCUUAGACCCAUCGGAUCCGGAGCACAGGGAAUCGUCUGUUCGGCGUAUGACCACAACUUGGAGAGGAACGUCGCCAUCAAGAAGCUGAGCCGGCCCUUUCAGAACCAAACUCACGCCAAACGGGCCUACAGGGAACUAGUGCUCAUGAAAUGUGUCAACCACAAGAACAUAAUCGGCCUAUUAAAUGUAUUCACGCCACAGAAGACACUGGAAGAGUUCCAAGACGUGUAUCUAGUGAUGGAGCUGAUGGACGCCAACCUCUGCCAGGUGAUUCAGAUGGAACUGGACCACGAGAGGCUGUCCUACCUGCUCUACCAGAUGCUGUGUGGAAUCAAACACCUGCAUGCUGCUGGCAUCAUACACAGGGAUUUGAAGCCCAGUAACAUCGUGGUGAAGUCUGACUGCACACUGAAGAUCCUGGACUUUGGUCUGGCCAGGACGGCCGCAACCGGCCUCCUCAUGACACCCUACGUGGUUACCCGCUAUUACCGCGCCCCCGAAGUCAUCCUGGGCAUGGGUUACCAGGCCAACGUUGAUGUCUGGUCUGUUGGCUGCAUCAUGGCUGAAAUGGUCCGGGGUAGUGUGUUGUUUCCAGGCACUGAUCAUAUCGACCAGUGGAAUAAGGUCAUCGAGCAGCUGGGGACACCGUCUCAGGAGUUCCUGAUGAAGCUCAACCAGUCAGUGAGGACCUACGUGGAAAACCGACCACGAUAUGCAGGCUACAGCUUCGAGAAGCUUUUCCCAGACGUUCUGUUUCCUGCCGACUCCGAACACAACAAACUGAAAGCGAGCCAAGCCAGGGACCUGCUAUCCAAGAUGCUGGUAAUAGAUGCGUCAAAACGGAUCUCAGUGGACGAGGCUCUCCAGCACCCUUAUAUCAACGUGUGGUACGACCCGACUGAAGUGGAGGCACCACCACCCGUGAUCACAGACAAGCAGCUGGAUGAAAGAGAGCACACAGUGGAGGAGUGGAAAGAGUUGAUAUACAAAGAAGUGUUGGACUGGGAGGAAAGGACAAAGAAUGGAGUCAUCAGGGGACAGCCAGCGUCCAUAGCACAGGUGCAACAGUGAGCAGUGACCCCCAGCAGCAUCUCCCCUCCACAUCCUCCUCCGCCUCAGCCAGCGACGUCUCCUCCAUGUCAACCGACCCCACCCUGACUGACACCGACAGCAGCCUGGAGACGGUCAGAACCGCUGCUGCCGCUACCGCCGCCGCCGCCGCUGCUGCUGCUACAGCAACCGGCCCCCUGGGCUGCUGCAGAUGACUAUCAUCUACACCUCCUCUUGAUCCUGGUCCUGGUCCUGGUCCUAGGCCAGGCCUCACCCCCUGGUCACAUCCAAGACCACAAGCCCAACACUGGCUCCUGGCCCCAUCCCCCUGCAUUAACCCCCUCCCACCUCCUGUCUGUGCUUGUCUUCAGUAGUGUAGCGUUUAGCCAGCUAGCUGUUAGAGAACUAUUUUGAUUUCUGAAAGGACAGAUUUCCUUUUUUUAUUACAGUUCUAGUCUUUUUUUUAAAUAAGGAUUUCUUUUUAUUUUGAGUCCUAGCUGUAAUUUAUUGUGGCAUUUCUUAAUUUUUCAGAAACCUAAGAUGAUGAUAAGAGAAUUUUUAUGAUUUCACUAUGUUCCGGUUUGUAUUAACCGACAGUGAGAAUUUAAAGAAAUAUCUGUAAAAUGUUUUAAUGUGAUCUAUUUUUCUGUUGAAAGUCAUUUGUUUCACUUGUAAGCUACUGCUUUUACAACUUGCCAUAUAAAUGUAGAUUGAGUUUGUACAGAUUUUAUGGUAGAUGUAGUUUUAUCUUCAAUACAAGUUUGCAGUGAGCCAUUGAAACAUAAUUUAAUUGACAAAUGUAUGGUCUUAGUACUCCCCUAUCUGUUUUUAUCUCAUCAUCAUAUGGAUAAUGUUUUAAAUGCAUACGACCUAUCCAUUUAUUUGAACUGAGAUCAUCUAGAUUUAUUUGUAAAAAAAAAAAAAAAAAGAUUUUUCUUUUUUUGAGUCACUACUACUUCCUGCAUUGUAAAAUUUCAGUUUAAUGAAAGCUUUAUAAUUUGCUCAUUCUUUACUUUCCUGUUCAGUCAUUGUGUGAUUUUUCAAAAUACUGCGAUUUUCACUCACCAAUGAUUCAAUUUACCUUCUACAUUUAAGCUACGGGAUUGAUAAUGGCAGAGUAAGGUCCCACAAGAUAACUUUGAGCGUUUUGAUGACUGUCUUCUGUAUUUUUAAGUGCUUUAAAGUACCUCUUCCUCUUGUCUGCAACAGGCUGUGUGACUUUAUGGAAACUGGAUUUGGGUGGAAUCGCUUUGGUAAAGCCAGAGAACGCUCGUUCUCUGCUGUGACAGUGAGGUAUUGUGAAAAGUUCAGGAUUUAGAAAUGUCUUUUUCUUUUUUUUGUUGUUGUUGUGUUUUGGGAGGUUUUUUUUGAGACGUAGAGCUGUGUGAGGUUGUAAAAUCGGUGACGGUGUAAGUAGAAUGUGCUCCAGUCAAGUAGGGAAUCGUGAUAUUGAGAACGCAUGUGAACGUGUUGAUAUUCGGUGUCUUUGAGGAGGGGUAGAGGUUCUGCAGCCGGAUGGAACAGUGUGAAAAGAUGUCUACUUCCUACUACCAGAUCCAGUUAUUAGUAAUGUAAUGUACUUUUUGUGAAUUUGGACAUUUGAAAGUGAUUUUUCUUAAAAGUUGGCCAAACACUUUGCAUACCACACUUGCCUGCGAUUGUGAAGAAAACUGAAAGAACCUAAAACUUGGCAUGUUAAACAGCAGCACAGAUGGGGGGAAAAAAAACAAAAAGAAAGAGAGUCAAAGAAAACAAAUUCUUACUGUAUGCAAUAAUAGUGCCCUCUUUGAGUGUUUUUGAUUUUGUUUUAAAAGGAAAAGUGCCUGUUGUUUGCCAUUCAUUCCUGAGUAGGUGGGAGGAAGUGUGUCCAUUAUAUGUAGGUUUCUAUGGCGUCUGGGUAACAACAGUAGUUUCCAUAUCAAACCGAUACUCUAUGAUGGGGUUGUAGUUCUCACAAAUGUAUUGUAUAUUUUUCUACUUGUUUUGAUUUUGACCCUUGAGGGGAGCCUGUAGUGUCUUGCAGGGUAUGAAAGGUGAUGAUGUAUACGCUGGGAUGCUUAAGCAUGUGUUUGAGUCAUUUCAGAAGAAGAGGCAGUUUUAUCAAGGUCUUUCAUCAAAGUAAAAAGAAGCGUUUCUUUGCAGUGACAGCAACCGAAAUAUAGGUUAAUAACAGUUUUUCGGCUUUUCUUUGAGUACUAAUUUAAUGUGAUUAUUGUAAGAGAGGAAUGAACCCUACAGUUCAACUACUGGAUCAAACUAACAAAUGAAAUCUGCUAAUGCAUUGUAGCCAGUAUUUUGUGGAUGGUUAUAGAGAAUAUUGUACUGUGGGAAAAGGCAGAUUGAUGCUUUAGUUAUGAACACAUUUCUAAGAGGCAAAGCCAAACAACCACAGUGUUCCUGGCUAAUUAAUGAUGAGCUGGUCCAGCAACAGUGGACGUAGCUAACAUUAUGUAACACUUAAAAAAAAUAACAACCAUAAGUUUUUCCAGUUUGAUGUAGACAUGCUGGCUUAUAUUUAUCUUGGCAAAAUGAUUGAGACAGUCUAAAUUCAUGAGUAGCAUGGUCUGGAAGAAUAAAUCACAGUAGUCAAUGCCAUUUAUAUUUUCUAUUCUAUUUUUCUGCUCUGCUAGACAUGUUUGCAUAACUAAACCUAUCUGUAAAAGCGGAGUCUGGAUGUAUUGUACUCAUCACGGAUCAUAAGCAAGUAUCGUGGAUGUUGACAGUAAAGGAAUAAACAUCACUGUGCUGGGAUUGUCUAAAUGUGUUAAUACAGCACUGUUUAGAACCUGGCUCAGUCUCUGAUGUGAAUGUUCUAGGAAGCUCAAAGCAAAGUUGCUUGGAAAGGUUGUCUUCAGACUGUAGCAUACGUUGUAGCUCUUUGCCUUGCUCUGAUUAGCCCACUGCCGAUACUAUGUCAAGAACUGCUUUACUCUUUAAAGAUCUGGAUUGGGUUGCACCAGCUAUUCGUAAAUCUUUUUUUCUAAGUUUGUGUGUAAAAUAACUAUAGGUUAGUUUCAAACUAGUGAAAUCGUUGCACCAUUAAAACUAAGAGAUGUUUAACCUGGCGCUGUCCAGUUACUACCGUAGCAAGAAAGUCAUUGUAACAUCACAAGUUGUGAAGAAACUUCAAGAACAUAUCAAACUUAACUACAUUUACAGCAGAAUUGUUAUUUAGUUUUAUUCACAUAUGCACAGAAAUAUGACUGUAGUAUCCAUAAAUGUCAUUUUGGUAUGAGGUAGGCUAAUGUUACUAGCAUAAAACUUUGUAAUUUUUAUUUUUGAAGAAUGUAAUUUAAGUUUACAUUAGUGUUAAACAGCAUUUUAUUAAAUGUCCUCUUUUGCUUUUCACUAUUAACUUUUAAUAUAUUGGCUAGCUCACGUUAAAUUUCUCACUUAGCAAGGCAGUAUAUAUAUCAGCCUUUGUUGGUUAGCAACAGAACAGUCAACAUUUGUUAUAUUAGCAAGCUAACAUUACCUUUGUCAGUUUGGUUUUGCAAAACAGUUAACCUGGCAGUUAGUGAGUGUAAAUAUUUGGUAACAACUACUCUACUACAACUAGUUUGUGUGGUGCAACCUUUUUUUAUUUUAAACUUGUUCUAAGUUAGAACUUACGAACAGCUGGUGCCCCCCGGCUGCUGCUGUCUUUUCAGCCACCAGAAUUUAAAAGAAAUGGUUUGGUAAUUGUUGAGCAUCAAGAGUGUGCUUGUAGGGUACAGUGGUAGCAAAUACAGAGCCAGCUCAGUGUAGUACAAAACAAAAUUUUAACCUACCAGUCAUGGUAGAUUCCAACGCGAAAAAAACGUAGAUUAUCUAGUAGUAAAUGUGCAUUUUGACAAAGGGUAAAAACUAAGAUUUAAGCAGUGCCACAUGUUUAAGAAGGCAGCAAUAACAGGGAGAAAAUCCGUGAUAUGUAUCCAUUUGUACUAUUAACCCAUUUAUCUUAUUAGCAAAAAAGAGAAAAAAAUCAAUCAGAAAAAACACUUUGUUGUUUAAAGUGCUCUUAAUUUUUUUAGCCUAACAAUCGGGGCUUUAAUUGGAGUAUUUUGUUGUGUUUUUUCUUCUUAGGUUGUUGUUGCUUUUUUCAUUAUUAUUUCUACAUCUCUCCAAACAAUGUCAUUCAAUGUCAUGUCAUGAUAUCAGUCGGCUUUGAUGAACUACCUCACGCUGAAUUUCUGCCAGUUCUUGCAUAUACUUGGUCGCCUGCAGAAUUAGCUAUCGAAGACGUGUGAAUAACAGAUUCCAUUAUUUAUUUAUUUGAAAGUGUACUAUUUGUCGGUUUCAACAGACUUCUAGUUUUGUACAUUAUGUAUACUUCACCUAGAAGUAAGAGAAUUGUUAUAUGUAUUUUUUUUUCUUUUGUUUUUGUUUUCUUUUUUGUUUUUAACUAAAUGUGCAAUACCUUCAGCAAACUGUGCUAGUAGUAUGUGAUGGGCCUAGCCUUUGUUAGCUGUCUCCUGAAGGUAAAGAAAAUGUUUGGUACUGUCAAUCCAUGUUUUCCUUUUUUAUGAAUAAGAUCAAUUUUUAUUUCUGUGACUUGUUUAUAGUCAUAAUGUUGCGUAAUCAGUCUUACCCACCAAACAAAUCUGUCAGCUGAGGUUUGAUGUAGAAGCAGGAGGUUCUUUCAGUCACCCAAGGCCGACAGAUUUAGCUUUUGGUUGUGGUAAGGACAAUAAUGUUAAUAAACACAAAAAAAAAGAUGAGUAAAUACCUACAAGAAAUCAUUAUAUGUAUGGUGCUGGUUUGUAAUGUUUGCUAGUGAAUCCAGCCAUGCAAGUAGUUUUAAGAAUUCCUGGAUCUGCGCGUCCCGAAAACCGCAACCAACGAAGAAGUGCACUACUAGAAUACAUGCACUGGGAUCUGAGGAUGCCACCUCUUAAAAAAUACAAAAACAAAAAAACAUGUACUGCAAAUAAAAGAAAUACACUUUGA